AAUCAGGAAGUCCGGGUUUGUUUCUUUUCGGUGCUGCAAAGAAAAAAAAUAUGAUGGUCGACACACCUUUGCGCAUGUAUUGAUAUUUAUUUGAUACUAGAUCAACUUAAAAACACAGUUAAUCGACUAACGUAGAUACGUUUAUUGUUAUUUACGCGGAACCUUCUUUGAGCCAGCUGUAGUAGCUGAAUUUGCACUUUGCGGGUGAGAGGAAUGGAUGUUCCUCAGCUGAGUGAAGAUGAAAUGGCAGACAUUAAAAAGGAAGUGUUGAUCACAAUGCGACACUACCUGUGUUUAAAGAUCAGAGCCGAGCGCCAUCUAGACUUCCUGCGAUCUUGUAGAAUCCUGACCCGAGACGAUGCCGAGGAAAUCAGUUGCCGGACCACACAGAGCAAGAGGACGGCCAUGUUGCUGGACUAUCUUGCUGAAAACCCACGGGGCCUGGAUGCUUUGAUUGACUCCAUCAGAGAGAUGCGCUCACAGAGCUUCCUCAUCACCAAGAUCACAGAUGAGGUGCAGAAAGCCAAAAAUGAAAGGCUGGAGUCUCUCAAAGCACGAGCUUCCAGUUCCUCAUCUGACACCAAAGUUAACAGUCCUAGCAUGGCAAGUGACCUCCCGACUUCAUUUGCCAACAACUCCACUUUACUCUUCCACCCAGAGGGCGAACGAAGUGCAUCUAAUUUAGAAGUCCCAGAGUCGCUCAAUGUGCCCUCAGUACAGAAAGGUGAGGAAUUAUGCUACGUGUCUGUUGCUAGCAUUCCUGUAGUUUCCUCCUCAACCUCUUUGAGCCUCCCAAGACCAGGAGACCCAGGAGCUCCCCCUGUGCCUGAUGAGGGGAUCGGAUCUCCCUCCAGCAUAGACCCCACAAGCCCCGGGUGCACCAGCGCUGCAGGAGACUCUCAAAGUGCAAACUUUCAACCUUUGCGAUCACGCUCACUUACCCCAACAUCACAAGGGAACAUCUUUUAAUGCCCCAUCAGGAGAAGCAGUUCUUAUAAACAACACAGUCUAAAACCACUCAACCUCAGCCAGAACACUCCACUAUGAACUUUUCAUUGUCACAUACCAUGGUUUAAUGGUGCUGGGCCUGAUAAGGCAGAAGUAACAGUCUUUGUUCUACAGGUUAAUCAAUGUAUCAGUCAGAAUUUCCGAGGGAAGUCCUUUAGGUAUUGGUCCAGUCUUUCUAGUUUAUAUGUUUACCACCUAUGUUUAGUUAGAAAUAGUCUAUUAAAAAAACAAUUAUAGCAUAGGUCUGCCUGCACAUUUUCUGUACACCUGAUGUCAGCUGGGAGUUACGUUAGCUCUGGGAUAGAAAAUGAAUGAAUGUUCCAGCUCUCAUGCUGUGGAAGGAAGUGUGGUUUUGAAUUAAUGAUUUGAGCGUAAACUGUGAUUUUUUUUAUGCUGCCUUUGACCAGAGCAGUGGAAAUUCAAAAGGUUUCUGCUCAAAUAUCUAAGUAAAAAGUUUACUUGUGAUCACUACAGUUCUAAUUGUUACUUCACUUUCCAUAUUAAAUUUUUUUAAGUAUUAAAUACUAAAGGAUU